GGAGUUUUGAAAAUUUGAGAGUUUGAAGCUUUAGAUAUCUGGAUCACUGAGUAUAGGUGCUGACAUGCGUAGAACAAACAGAAAUUUGUCGAUGAGUACGAUCUUUCGUUGAACAGAAUAUAAGUAUGAAUUUUAAGGAAGGUGGCGUUUCACGCGACACAGGUAUAUCGAUUGUAUGUGUGGGGUGGCCGGCAUGAGUGAAGGCCGACGAAUGGGACAUAAUUUUCGUAACGGCUCUUCGCGAAUCUUAGAACUGUUCGGAUAAACCGGAAUAAACUGAACGAUGAGCAUGAACGUGAGAUGAUGCCAGGCACGUCUCGCCAAUUGGGAACUUUGAACGGUGGUAAAACUCUAUUUUCUUUUAACCGUUUCUGAUCUUCGUAUGUAUUAUCGUAAUAAUGUUUCUGUUAAGGUUGGCAGAUGUUUAAUAGUUUUUCAUAAUUUAAUACAAUUGAGGGAUGCAAAGCGGUGUCAGCGAUCUGUUUAAUAUACGAUUAUUGUCUUUGUAGUAAGAUUACAUCCACGUGGUUAAACGUGUACGGAAGUGAUUUUCGUAUCUGUUUACUACAAGAUUGACAGGUGUCUUACGUUUCGUUGGUUGUACACAUCAGUUGUUAAUAAAUAAAUAUUACUUAAUAAUUUAUACCUAUCCAUCAAGAAAGUUCAAAGAGAACGUUUGUUGUUACUGUUUCUUUCUGAUAAUGAAUAUUUGUCCUGAGUGGGACACUUUGAUGGAGGUUCAUCAUGAACCAAUUGAGAAAAAUUAUAAACUAUUGGAAGAAAUUGGGAAAGGACAAUUUGCAAUAGUCCGAAAAUGUAUGGAAAUAAAGACUGGAGAACUGUAUGCUGCCAAAAUUAUGAGAAAAAGACGUGUUGCCAGAGGUGUGGCAGCAGCAGAUAUUGCACGAGAAGCAGGUUUGUUAGCAAGGUUGAGGCACCCAAACAUUGUUUCAUUGCACAAAGUUGUAGAUACAGGUACAACGGUUGUUUUACUGUUAGAAUUAAUUUCUGGAGGAGAACUCUUUCAUUGGGUCCCAUCUGGUGAAUUAGAAGCUGCACAUGUGGUUCGUCAAGUUUUGAUGGCACUUAAUCAUUUACAUUCUCAUCAAGUUGCUCAUUUAGAUAUCAAGCCUGAAAAUAUUCUUCUAUCAACCCCUCCACCGAUGCCAAGUAUAAAGUUAAUAGAUCUAGGUCUUUCACAUCGAUUAAUACCUGGGUCAGAACACAGAGCACUAUUUGGUACACCUGAGUUUGUUGCUCCAGAAAUUGUAAAUUAUGAACCACUCAGUUUAGGAACUGAUCUUUGGGCAGUUGGUGUUUUAACAUACAUUCUUUUAAGUGGUGCAUCACCAUUCUUAGGUGAAGACAAACAAGAAACUUAUGCAAAUGUUGCUGCUUGUCAAUACCAGUUUGAUAAUGAGUAUUUCAGUACAGUAUCUGAAAUUGCCAAAGAUUUCAUACGAUCCUUGUUGAUCAAGGAUCCAAAAGAAAGAGGAACUGCAGAAUCGUGCCUUAAACAUCCUUGGAUCCUCACGGAAUCAGAAGCCUCUCAAGGUCUUGGUGAAGCUAUGAUUAGCGCUGUUAAACGAGGCUGUAUUGAGGCUGUUUCUCAGUUAUUACUGCAAGGAGCACCACUGAAUGUAAAAGAUUCUAAAGAAGAUACACUUUUACACUUAGCAUGCGAAACAGGAGAUGAAGGAAUGGUAACUUUUUUAAUAGAAAGUGGGAUAGAUCUGGAUACACCAAACAAAAAGGGCUUAACACCACUGCACGUAGCAGCUAGGCAUGGUUUCAUUAAUCUUGUUAGACACUUGUGCCUUGCUGGUUGUGACGUUGACAAGACAAAUCGUGGGAUUAGAGCAGAUGUAACAGCAAUUAAAUAUGGACAUCCUGAUAUCGCAUCACUGUUGGAUAAGCUCCGAAACCCGGUUCAACGCGAAAAUUACAUCAAACAGCUGCAACCAACACACAGACCAAUAGAUCGUUUACACAUAAGACUUUUAGGACAUUGUGCAUCGGGAAAAUCAUCUCUAAUCAACUCUUUAAAAUCAGGACUCUUCAGUUUUGGAUUUUUCAGAAGAUCAAGAAGUCAGAAUUAUACUGCAAAGAGAGAACCAAGUAUCGAACUAGACGUAACUAGUAAGCAUGGGUCACUUAGUUUUGAAUACAGUGACAAUGAAUAUGAAGGCACACAAGGAGUAGAUUGGAGUCGUGGUAAUGUAGGUGGAGAAUGUAUCUUUUGGGAAUUGUGCGGUCGUGAAGACUUCUUAGCAUCAUAUCACUAUGUACUUACUUUUCAACAACCUGCCGUACACCUUAUCACUGUCAGUCUUAGAGAACCUCUUACAGUACAACUUCAACAAGUCAAAUUUUGGUUGCGAUUUAUUUCAGAUCGAAUUGCACCUACUAAUUUUGGUUUUGGCGGCAAAUACAAUGACGUUAAAGUAAUCUUAGUUGGAACUUAUGCUCCAGAACCCCUUGCCCCAAAUUCAAAUAGUGGUAAUCUUCUUGCACCACUUUUACCUUUUUUGAAAGAGUUUACACCAGUUUUGGGAGAUGAACCUCAAAUGGUCGCAGUAGAUGCAACUAACCCUUCUAGUCCUGGUCUAAAACUUCUAAGAUCUUACUUGAAUAAUGCAAGGAUGGAGUUUUUAGAGGAAGGACCGGAAGUUGCAGAAAGUAUUCUUCGACGUGACACGCCGCGGGCCGCGGCCUCGUAUGUGCCCUUGGCGAAUCUUGAUAAACAGAGCGCAUUAGUGUGGACCGGUCUUGCUGAAGCUUGGAGGUCGUAUGUGCAAUCUUUAGAGGUACCUCUGGUAAUGCUUACACAGGAGGAAUUUUUGAGGGAAGUGAGAAAAAUUAAUCCAUUAGUUUGUUUAGAACAUUGUAGACAUCUUGGAUUACAGUUACAGAAUUUAGGGGAAUGUAUGCUUCUUCCUGGAAAUUUAAUAGUUUUAAGUCCAGAAUGGUUUUGGCAGGAUGUCAUAAAUUGGCAAUUAAGUCCUGAACAGAGGGGUCGUCUUGGAGGUCGUACAACAGGAGUUUAUGCUUUAGAGGAUUUUCAGGCUCGCUGUCCUUGUCCUGCAGGACAAGCUUUACAAGCUCUGCAAGCUGUAAAUUUAUGUGUGCCGUGUGAAGUGGACGAUGAUGAAGUAGAAUAUGAAAUACCGUGUUUGAAUCUCGUUGAACGUUUACCAGGAUUAUGGGAGCCAUGGAACCCAUGUUCCAAUGUUUUACCUCAUACUGGUCUUCGUCUUUCUCCAUCCGAAGCACCUUUAUAUCAUUUAAUCGCAAUAUUCCCACACUUGCAAUCACAGUUAAGGAAAAUCACUCAGUCGUGGGAUCCAUCAAAUUCAGAUUUAUAUCAAUGGUGGCGUGGAUCAAAAUUAUGUAUCGGACCUUGCGAAAGUAUAAUCACUUUUGAAGACGAAGACCAAAGUUACGUAGAAAUAAGAGUGCGUGGUCCACGAGGUACCAGUGCUCAGUGUUUUGCUCUGCUCAGUAUCAUUCUCGAUGCUGUUGAGACAACUAUAGAGUUAGUUGCUCCUGGGAUGUUACUAGAAAGACAUUGGUUAAGUCCUAGUCAGCUGCGAGAAUAUGAUGAAAUUAUACAUUCCUGGGAACCAGCACCGAUGAUAUCCGCGUUGAUAGAUAAAGGUCUUGAAGAAGCUACUCUCAAAAAUCCUUUGAACGGUAAAGAAGAGACGAUAUGGGAAAUAGUAGGAUGUGGAUUACCUUUGAUAGAAAAUUGUCUUCCUGGACCAAAACAGCCAAUAAAGUAUAUCAAACCUGCCGUUCAAAGAAGAUUAGCUCAGAUGCUGGAUCCUCCUGAUCGUCACGGUAGAGAUUGGUGUUUACUCGCUGUAAGACUUGGUUUGGGAGAUCGAGUCGCUCAGUUAGAUAGUACAGUAGAUAGUCCAACAUUAAGGUUACUUAACAAUGCAGGCACCGAUUGCACUGUAGGUUCUUUAAUACAGCAGCUACGAGCUCUUGAUCGAGAAGAUGCUGUACACCUUUUGCUUUCUUAUACACCAACAUACAUAUUAUCAACAGGUACUGAUUCCGAAACAGGAUCUAAUCUUUCCAGAUGACAAUGUUGCAUUUAUCAAUGGUGCGUUAAUACUUUUUAAGAACGGAUUUCUGAAGCAAAUUUUUUCCCAUAUGAUGGGUUUGAUAGACUUAUUACAUCACUGCUUCCGCCCAACGUAAAUUGUGCAUUGCUCUUUAAGCUCUAAGUACUUACGUGCAUUAUGAUAGUACAUUUUCUGUGUACUUCGUUAGAAGUAUGUUCAAAUGCACACGCACUGAUAUGUACUUUUAUAUACAAAACGUUAGAAUGCACUUUGAGUGGCACAAAUUUCUUUUAAUAUAACGUACGUAUAUCUUAUAUUCGAUAAUGUUGCAUAAUUUACGUCAAUUUGCGUAUGUUUUUCUUACGGAGUUUUUUACAUUGCUAAAGUGAAUAAUUUAAGUAUACUUGUUAGCAUAAUAAAAGAAAAGUAUUUAUAAUGCUAUGUUUCUGUUAGGUUUUGAAAUAUUUACUUAAUCAGAUUUAUUACAAAAAAAUGAUUUUUAACGACUAAAGUUUCUUUUUUACGUUUAUAGUAUACUUGUAAGCGUUUGUAUUGUGAUAUUACAUCGUACGAUUAAUUGCAUCGUUCAUCGAGUCUCUUAAGUGAAUUUAUAUUAUACAAAUAAUUCUAAGUAAUAUGUAUGCACGCGUGUGACCCAUACGAAAAUGCAUUUACACACUGUGAAACACGAUAUUAUCGUAUUUGAUACUAAUAUUGUUUUGAAAGCUUUUCUUGAUAUGCAUAUAUACUAUACCAUGCCAAAACUCAGUGUCAAUAUGCGCUGCUUUCUAUGAUAUUUAGAAACUAUUUACGCGAGAAAGAAGUGAAACAGUUCGCACAAUUAUUUGCUUUUUCUACAUCUAAGUAUGGAAGCUCUAUUCUUACAUCUUUUACUAAAUCGACAUUCUUACGAUGUUAUGUGCCAUAAACGAUACUUGCUCAUCGUACUCAAGCGAUCAAAUGUUUCUCUGGACUCUCAAAAUUCAUCCUUUUUUAUACAAAAACCUUAUUAACGAGUUGAAGCUUACAACAUAAGUGCUCGUUCAACAAAUUUUAGUAACGAUGCAUCUUAAGAUUGUGUUUUCUAGACUUAAGAUCAUUAAACAUGGUGCACUGUUCGUAUGCGGCUCGCAUGGAUGUUACAUCAUAAAACCAGUGAAAUUGGUUGUUCUAGGAGAUUUAUCCUUUGAACAUUUAUUAUGUAAUCUCUAUUGGACUACUUGAAACGUGUUAGUAAAGUAUAAUUUAUAUCCGGAACCGCCUUGAAAUUCUUAAAUUUAAAAACUAAAAUUUGAAAACUGAACAAUUUCUAAAUUUGAACAUUCGGCGGUACUGUCUAUAUUCGUGCUUUACCUAACACAACGUUUGAUACAAAAAUUGCUACAAUGUUACUUUGUAUUGAAGAUGAACUUUCCAAUUAGAACGAUACAUACCGAAUAAUUUUCAAUUUAUAUAUAUAAGGCGUAUCUAAGAUACUUCUGUUGUUUAUGUGUUCUAUUUCUAAGUAUGUGUUUAUCGUGAAAUGAACACCUGCCGUACACGCUGUAUAGCGACACAGACUUAUUGCAUAUUUUGGUACCGAAGUACUUUUUUGAAUUAAUGUAUGCAUCUCUCACGCACUGUGUUCAUCUAACAUUUACACGUUGAUGUUCAACAUGCUGAAUUUUCUAAUGUUUCCUGUUUGCUGAUGGACUGUUUUCGCACUAUACGCGUUUGAUCGUACAGAAAUGUUCGAUUGAAGAUCUUCAAUCACUCGGUAUUGUUAAUUAAUUGUACAACACGUUGUUUAGUCGUCUUGCGAUGCAAUUCCAUUGCAACUACCACUGAUCUUGUAACGACACAUUCAAUUUGUCUGAAUACGCUUUUAGUAUUUGCGUUUCAUAAUGUUUGCUUAUUGUUAGUACAACGUAGGAGUAAUGAAUAUUAUUAAGGCGAAAUUUAACAGCACGAAGGUACACGCAACAAAGACAUUUGUGCAUAAGAAAUUGUAAGGCUACGAUAAUUGUUAUUUAAUCUUGUAUAAAAAGGAAACACUAGAACAAUAGAGAUUUUCAUUUUGUUGUAAUUAAUAGCGUUUACAUUUUUCUAGUUUUUAUAACUUCGAUGUCAUACGAAAUUGCUCUUUCUAAAACUGGCCUGUAAAUUCGCUUGGAAAACUUAAAACCGUAUGCAGUAAUUAGUUUGAGAUGUAUCGUUAGCAGAUCGAUUUCGUAAGAUUAUAAUCAAAAUAGAAAUAUCGUGUUAGCGUUCUCUUGAAUCCAAACAAAAAAUAUUGACAAGAAAAGAAAGAUAGCGUUACUGUAAUAUAGAAGUACCUCUAUAAGUUUCUACAAUCGUAAAUUACAUUAAGAAAUCGUGCUCUUAAAACGCUGUUAAACUGUGAAGAAGUUGCGUUAAAUUCUACAUUUGUUGCGUGCCGUUCGACUGAAUAAGAAUGUACUUAAGUUUCUUGUCGGGAAUCUCUGUAAAAACAUCCGGUCGAUGGUAGUGAAAGCUAACACGAAUUCCGUAUAACCAUACACUGCGCAUUUAUUUGUGAGAUAAGAAAUACAUUAGCCGAAUGAAUGUGUAAUUCCUUUUAUAUUAGAAAAAAGAUGUCAAAUAAAAUUAUGUUGCUUCAUACAAGAA